AUGAUCCUAAAUGGGAAUCUUAUCCCAUUAAAUUUCAUGGAUAUUAUGUUGAAUAAAACUGUUUCUCACGAUGAGUCAGAAUCUGAUUCUGAUGACUCACGUUUAGUUAUACCAAAUCCACCAAAUCUUACUGUAAAUACAAAUGCCUCGCAAUCAAUUAACAAAAGUCAAUCUAUCGCAACUGUUAUUAAUUCAUCAGUUGUCAGCAAUGAUAUUGACCUGGAGAUUCUUGAUGGAAUUUUAGUAUCACUUAAAAGUAUACAGGAUGUACAUACGUUAAUAUCAGAUGGAUUCGAAAAAAUGGAAGGUCAUUUUAAGAAUAUAUAUACAGCUAUAACUACAGUUACAUUAGGAAUACAAGAAUGAAUACUAAAUGUUCAUUUAACAAAUAUAGAAAAACAAAAUAAUCAACAUAAAUCCAAAGCAUCUGUCACGGAUACAUCAAAUAUACAUCAAUUUUUUCCAUUUAAAAAUAUAAAUGAAGUAACAGCUUUUGAAAACCGUUUAUCA